AUGUUGAAGGAGUUGAACCAGCAACGCAGAGCGAAAGAGUUUACAGACCUGAAAAUUAUUGUUGAAGGCAAAGAGUUUGAAGUCCACCAAAAUGUUCUAGCUUCCUGCAGCUUGUAUUUCAAGGACCUGAUUAAAAGGUCACCACGAGACAAUAGCAGAAGCGGGGAGAAGCUGGAAUUGGCCAUGUCCAACCUCACUGCAGAUGUCCUGGAAUUACUCCUGGAGUUUGUUUAUACAGGUUCUUUGAUCAUAGACUCAGCCAAUGCAAAAACCCUACUGGAAGCUGCCAGCAAGUUCCAGUUCCAUACUUUCUGUAAAGUCUGCGUUUCCUUUCUAGAAAAACAGCUGACUGCUAGCAACUGCUUAGGAAUAUUAGCCAUGGCUGAAGCCAUGCAGUGCACUGAACUAUACAACAUGGCCAAAGCAUAUGCCCUACAAAUUUUCCCAGAAGUGGCAAACCAAGAAGAGAUCCUUAAUAUCUCAAAAGACGACUUCAUUUCCUACAUGUCCAAUGACAGCCUGAACACCAAAGCGGAGGAGCUGGUGUAUGAAACAGUGAUAAAGUGGAUUAAGAAGGACGCUGCAAUUAGAGCUCAGUUUGAUGACAGCAGUCAGCUCUGUGCAGCUCUGAGCUCUGAACCUGCUGGGACCUUGGGGAUUAUUCCCAGCGGCUGGAGGACGGGAGCCCUGCGGCAGGAGCCUGUUUGCCUGGUGCAAACAGGAGAAUGGCAGUUCAGAGGCAAGAUCCUACAGAGGAGAAAGGGUUGGUUAACAGUGAGACAGCAGAUGGAAGAUCCCCGCAGCAGGAACAGGAUCAGUGCAGGAACAUGCCCUUAG